AUGCUGCCCUUCUUGCGCGGUGUGCCCCGUGCCCUGGGCUCCGCCGUGGCCGGCCUCCGCGCCGCCGCGCCCUCUCCGCCGCUCCGACAGCUUCUGCAGCCGGCGCCACGGCCGUGCGCCAGGCCCUUCGGGUUGCUCAGCGUGCGCGCGGGCUCGGCGCGGAGGCCCGGCCUCCUGCGACCCCGCGGGCCCUGUGCCUGCGGCUGCGGCGCGCUGCACACGGAAGGAGACAAAGCAUUUGUUGAGUUCCUGAACGAUGAGAUUAAAGAAGAGAAGAAGAUCCAGAAGCAUAAAUCCCUUCCCAAGAUGUCUGGAGGCUGGGAGCUGGAAGUGAAAGGGACAGAGGCCAAGUUAGUGCGGAAAGUUGGAGGGGAAAAAAUCACUGUCACUUUCAACACUAACAAUAGCAUCCCACCUACAUUUGAUGGGGAGGAGGAACCCUCAGAAGGGCAGAAGACUGAAGAACAAGAGCCUGAACUGACAUCCACUCCCAAUUUUGUGGUUGAAGUUACAAAGAGUGACGGCAAGAAGGCCCUUGUGUUGGACUGUCAUUAUCCAGAGGAUGAGGUUGGACAAGAGGAGGCAGAGGAGAGUGACAUUUUCUCCAUCAGGGAAGUGAGUUUUCAGUCUACGGACGAGUCGGACUGGAAUGACACUAAGUACACACUCAACACCGAUUCCCUGGACUGGGCCUUGUAUGACCAUCUAAUGGAUUUCCUUGCGGACCGAGGAGUGGACAACACCUUUGCCGAUGAGUUGGUUGAGCUCAGCACAGCCCUGGAGCACAGAGAGUACAUUACUUUUCUAGAAGACCUCAAGAGUUUUGUCAAGAGCCAAUAG